ACGAAUAUAAAAUUAUAUUAAAAAUAUAUAGCAUUUCACUCAUAUUUAUGUUAUGAAUAUUGAUUGUAUUUUUGAUUAUGUGGUACACAAUGUAUUUUCUACAAAUUCUAAUUACAGCAGCGUUUUUCAAUGUGUCUAAAGCGGAUCAUUGUGGAUGCAAGUCAAUGCGUCCGUGUUACAAAAGAAUGUUAAGCAAGUUACUUCUCGACGACGAAGAUCCUUGUGUGGAAAACGUCUCUGUCGGUGUCAAUACUGUAACAAUAUUUCUGAAGGCAAUUAAAACAUAUUGUUCGAACACUGUUAAAGUUUACGACAAUUUUACAACAGUUGAAAACAGAAAUCUUUAUGAGGUUGUGAUAAAUCGCACAAAACCGAAUUUUCAAGAUGAUGAGUCAUUGCCAAUCAUAGUCUUAGAAGCUGGUCAAGACGCUAGCACGGAGACUGUAGCAUUCGCAUUGUAUGUGAUUGAGCAGCUCGUGGCGUGUGCUGAAAAUAGAGAAAUGAUUCGGAACGUUCGAUGGGUUAUUCUACCCUCCACCAAUCCUGAUGGAACCGAAUAUUCAAGAAAUGAAAUGGAAAGUUGGAGAAAGAAUUGUAACAAUCUUAACAAAAAGUCAUAUGGAGUCGAUGUAACUAGAAAUUUUGAUGAAUCAUGGAAUGUUUGUCCAGCCAAUACAAAUAUAUUUUCACCAAAAUAUCCUGGCCCUGCACCAAAUUCGGAAAAUGAGACUUUAUUCAUACUUAAUGUUUUAGACAAAUACAAAAGCGACAUUAAAACAUACAUUUCGCUACGCCGUGAUGGCCAUGGUAUAUUUUACCCCUAUGCUAACAAAAAUAUAACGUUUAAUUCCAUAGAAAAAGUGAAAAAGAGGGCUGGCGACGUAGCCGCUAAAGUUAAUCAACGAGCCGGCGGCCUACAGUGGUUUGUGAACGAUAGUAUCUUCAAUAUUAAUCGAGAGGCACACUGCGGUCAUAGUGUUGAUUAUGCGAUUAACAGGGUCGGCAUUCCUUUUUCAUUCGAAAUGCGUAUAUUUUCGAAAACCGACAACGAUAUAAUGUCAGAGUUUCAAACUUUACCCAAGGGACACGAACUGUCGCUAAGAGCAGGAUAUUUCAGUGGCAUCAGAGAUAUAUAUAACUCCAUAAUUACUGAAAUGAAACAAAAAAAACAUCCGAAAUAAAUUCAUUAAAAUCGA